AUGGCCAGUCGGAAGCUGUUGGUCGCCCUGCUCCUGGGAGCGGUGGUCUCGCUGGAGGCUGAUUCCAGGACCCCAUCCCACGGGAACUCCUGGUUCCUGACUCCUGGAUGGCACCAGAGGGAGGAGAUCCGCCCAGGAAACGUGCACCACCUGUAUCCCCAGGAUCCAGGGUUCGGCAAUGUCCAGGAUCACCUUCCUAGGAGGGGAGAUCUGGAGCCGACAACCACGACGAGCAACCCUGCCUUCUCGAGGCACCAUCGUCCAGGGAGAAGAGUCUGCUCCGGCCAAGCUCCGUCCCCCGUCGCCCACCAUCGGUCAGGCCAGAUCAGAUUCAUCUACACGGAGGUGUCGACGAGCUUCACGUGCUGCCCGGGCUGGUCGCGCAUCAGCCGGUUCAGCUACGGAUGCAACAAACCGACCUGCGCUAUACCGUGUCGAAACGGUGGGGUGUGCAGCUCGCCCGGGAAAUGCACCUGUCCCAGAGGCUUCGUCGGGAACCAGUGCCAGAUUGAUGUAGACGAGUGCGCGACGGAGAAGCCUUGCGCUCACAUCUGCAGGAACGUCUUCGGGGCUUACGAGUGCCACUGCCGAACCGGCUACCAGCUGCAACCGGAUCGGCAUUCUUGCCGAAGAAAUGAUAGCGACGGAUCCGCUUUCGAGGCUCGGGACUUGGAGAGGGACGACGGCGAAACUCCCACUAGAAGCGGCUCCACUCCUGAAGAUGUUGAAAAUGAAGUCAAUGAUGGGAACCUUGAUCAGGAUUAUGAGAUCAUCGUGAAGAGGCUGACUAAACUUGAGAAGCAACUCGCCAAAGGUAGGAAGCGAGAAGUAGAGGCGACGGAAAUGAGUGCAAAACUUGCAGUGGCUGUUGAAAGCAUCGGGGAAAUGAGGAGGGCUAUGGAGAAUGUGCAACUCAUGCAACGUGAGAUAUACGACAUGAGAAGCAAGGUCAAGCUACUCGAGUUGGAGUCCAGAAGAAUGCAGCAGGUGGCCAACCGAGUGGCGAAUAUUGAGACCAGGUCCAGACUCCGGUGCAGGUCUCUGCCGAUUAGUAGUAGACCGACAAAUUUCUAGCAGUGAUCAUUGUGAGCAUCGAACAUCCGGUCUGCCUUGGUAUUUGAG